ACACUGAGCGAAAUACAAAUUAUAGACGACUUGCACAAAAUGUUGAGCACCAGCACAACAACAACUAUAGCAGAUACACCAAACACUGAACACAGUGAGACCCCGAUACUAGCCACACCGGAAGAAAAAUCCCAAAGACGCCGUUCCACAUUCUAUGUGCCCUUGGUAAUCGAAGACGAAGAGGAGAAAAGUGGUCUGGUGGAUCUGGUCCAAAAAUCCUCCAGCAACACUAGCCUGAGCAGCAACAGUAACUCGCUAACUAAUUCUGAAACCAAAUCGGCCAAAAGCUAUAAUCUUCGCAAGUCCAGCUCCGUGAAAAGCGGCGUGGCCAAGGUUAGUGCUCUUUUCGAGCGAAAAACAUCCCACACCUCCUCAUCGAAAAUGUCGCCACCCUGCGGUUUCAAUUGGAGCAUUAGUGGUAGCGAGAAUACGGCCCAGUAUUCCGAUACCGAUGAGGACGAGGAAAACUCCUCGGAGGCGCGGCAUCGCGAACAAUUGCUCAAAUCCCUGCCCACUGGGAAUAACAAUGCCGCCGCCUCCCCGUCGAAAUUGAAAAGAUAUGGCAUAGUCCUGAACGUGAUCAGUUUGAAUGGCAGCGAUGGGGAGCAGUCCUCGAUAGGUAGCAGUACCAUACCUAGUCUUUCGACUGCGCCUAGGACUCAUUUCAAUGAGGACAACGAUAUAGUCCUGGCCACGCCCCCGCCGCCCAAACAGCAGGCAUUAUCCGGGCAAGAAGCACAGGAUUACGACGAUGAUUCAGAGAUCAGUCGCAUGCAGACGAACACCUCGACACCCAUAAAGCUGAUGAAGUCGCGAUCGCGUACCAAUAUACUGGCCGUACCGCUGCCCUCGGUUGAACGAGGUUUGGCCACAAAUACGGCGACUAAUAACAACAAUAAUAAUAAUACCUCAUCCAUGGGAACGACUACCACGACGACCACCACGCUGAUUACGCUCCGUGCCAAAUCGAAGACCCUGCCGCAAAACUUAUCGCCCUCAGUUGUUUUACGCGAGGCAGCCGCUCUGGAUGAGCUCGAAAAGAAGCGGGAAAAACAGCAGGCGAAGCAGGAAAAGCUGCAGGAAAAACAGCGUCAGCUGUUUGGCGGCAGUACCGCCAGUCAGAUAGCGGUAUCCUCCUCCCCCUAUAAAUUGCAGAACAGCUGCUCGGCCACGUCCAUCCUAACGCACAGUUUUCCGCCCAAAAACCUAUUUCUACUCAAGUCAACGCCCAAACUUUCAACGGAUAUAGCAGGAGCCACGCCCCCGAAUACCUCGGUGAUCUGCUCGCCGCCCAAGAAGUCGCUUAGUUUUAUACGACGCGCCCACUCCACCAAAGUGGCCCGCAGUAAUUCCCUAUUGAAACCGAACCAAGCAGGUGGCUUAGGAUCGGGUAGCGGAUCUGGUGGACACUCACUUAACCAUCAGGCAGCCAUGCAGGGAUCAUUGUCCACCAGCUGUGCUGGGGAUAGUUCCAGCAACAACGGCAGUUGGGGCAAACAUUUCUACCAGCCCUACGACGUCUGCCCAUUGAGUUUGGACGAACUGAACUGCUAUUUUCAGGCCGAUCACUGCGAGGAACUGAUCUGCGAGCGUUUCAAGAUCAGGGAUCUGGCCAUACACAUGACCUCGGCAUCGGCAUCGGCAGCUGGAGCGGAUCUCUCGGUGGCCACUGAGAAUGAGGCAACGGCAACGGCGGAGGACGAUGCGGGACAUCAUUCCGAUACUUCCUAUGAGAAGGCGUGCCGCCGUGGAUCCGCCCCCACCACGCCCAUUUUGGGCAGCAAACAACACCAGACGGAGCACAAUGCCACCUCGCGAUUCACCAACUUCUUUUCCAAAAAAUCCAAUCCCUGAAGCGGACCAAGUCGGUGACCAAGCUGGAGCGGACCAAGCGCGGUUCGGG